AUGCUCGCAAUAGUUUCUGCCCUCUUGACUUGGAGACAUUGGCUGGAAGGGACGGACAUCCCUAUCCAGAUACAUUCGGAUCACCAAAACCUGCAGUACUUCACAACGACCAAGAAGUUGUCGAGAAGACAAGCCAGAUGGGCCGAGAAGAUAGCACCUUUUCGCUUCAAGAUCCAUUACCGACCAGGCGAAAAGAACGGCAAGCCAGAUGCACUUACAAGGCGUCCGGAGUUCGCAAUGGAAGGGGGAGUAAUGCGUGAGCAGCCCGUAAAACAGCUACUCAGCGCAGAACAGUUUGUCAGAAAAUCACGGACCAGCGUAGAAACUGGGUCCGAAGUGGUUGGCAACCCCGAAGAGGAAUGGAAUCAAUUGGAUCAGUGGUACGACAUACCAAGCGUAGAGCUGCCUCAGCCACUACAGGGUUGGUAUGAACAGGAAAGACGCUGGGUUCGGAGGACGGUUCCGGAUGAACACCUCCCUGACUCAAACCUGGAGAUCUUUGGACCACCGGAGGCUGCUAUCGUAAAGUUAGAGCCUGCCGCUGAAUGGAGUCCCGAUUCAAAUGACCCCACCCACGAUGGUCGAUGGGUAGUACCGGGCUACGCGGUCAAGCAGGUCAUUGAGGAACAUCAUGAUCGACCCGUAGCGGGGCAUCUAGGAAGGGAUAAAACCCUCGAGUUGAUUGAUAGGAACUACUGGUGGCCGGGAAUGUCCACGGAUGUAGCCAACUUCGUCAAGACUUGCGAUGUAUGCCAGAGAGCCAAGCAACGUCGGAGACACUUGUCACUCCCUCAACCCCUAGAGUUAGCCACCACACCUUGGACUGAUAUCUCGAUGGAUUUCGUAGUAGAAAUGCCUAAGGAGAAAUCAGGAUUCCGCAACGUAUUGGUAGUCGUGGACCGUUUUACGAAGAUGGCUCACUUCAUUCCAAUGACGGGAAUCAACGCGGAACAAACCGCCAACGCAUUCGUCAAAGACAUCUGGCGUUUCCACGGACUUCCUAGGAGCAUCGUCUCAGACAGAGGAACGCAGUUCGUGUCAGCAUUCUGGGCGGCAAUUACGGACAGACUGGGGAUUCGUAGAAGACUCUCCACCUCAUUCCACCUGUAA